UUGAUCUUUUCAUGUGGCAUAUCGUAGGAAUCGAAUAGUCAGGCAGCUGUUUGACUUUGAAACUGGUAACACCGUAACAGGUUGUUCGACAAUUUUUAUUGUUUUAAAAUUUAAAAACUUUCAAUCUUCUUUAUUUUAACAAAUUUGAAUAAAGAAUAGACUAUCUGGGAAUACUCGGCGGGAAUAGUAAUCCGACCCUGCGCCAUCCACACUGCAUCGCUCAGUGCCUGAGCGUGCUGCUGUAUAAUUUGCUGUUUGCAUGAUAUCGUGUGUAUGUCCCACGGCGACCCAAUUUAUACUGCAGUGUCGAGAUUUGUUCACUAAUGGAUGUCGCUAAAUUCGGACGGAUGGUAAUUUUCUGAAGAUUAGGGAUCGAAGUUUCAUACGUGCUGUGAUUGGGCUCGAUCCCACACCAAACGGUGAUUAUGGAGUUGAUGAUUGCGGAUCGUCCAUCAGUGACUGCUGCCCUCUCCACGCCCAGCACCCCCACGGCCCCGGAGGAGUCCAGGGAGCACAUUCCCCUCUUCGGGCUGGUGCGGCCGUGCGCCAGUGGCGAGGAGGAGCUGGUGGGGCACUUCCUGCAGGAUCUCAACGUGGUCACGGCCAAGGCCAUCCAGACACGACGGCGGACCAUCCGCCUGAUCCGGGAGACGGCCGCUGCCGUCGAUGAGGUGGCCCGGGUGGAGAAGAACACGGCCAUCGCCGGGGGAACCGUCUCCAUUAUUGGCGGUGCUUUAGCCAUCGCCGGCGGCGUGGUCACCUUCGCCACGGCCGGCGCCGCCGCCGUGCCCACCGCGGCCGCGGCCCUCCUAUGGGGCGGGGCCGGCGUCAGCGCCGCGGGCGGCGUGACCAAGACCGUGGGGACGUACGUGGGUUCCAAGGACCACAGCACCCUGAUGGAGCGCCUCCAGUGCGCCAUCGAAGAAGACCAGAUCGCCCACGACAUCCUCGACUACUGCCUCCAGCAACUCCAGACCCCCCGCUACACCGCCUCCAAAUUCGUUGUCGCCCAGCACGGCGCCUUCCCCGCCUUACUCAGCGCCCACUCCAUCGGGCACACCUUCGGCGGACUCAGCCUGGCGACGCUCAUCAGCUCGACGAUCUUCACGCUGAACCGGUACGUCGAGGACGAGACGGUGCGGAAGGUGUUAGGGGAGCCGUUGGUGGCGGUGCUGUUGCCGUUGUUGAUCAAGAGCCUGGAGGUGACGGCGCGGGCGGGGGUUAAUGUGACGGAUGAUAUUGCGCUGGGGGUGGUGGGGGGCAUGGUGGAGGGGCCGACCAAGAAGAUCGCGUUUACGGUGGCGCGGGGCGCCGCGGAGAAGGUGCUGCAGGAGGGCGGGGAUGAGACGGCCAAGAUGUUGGCGGUGCGGGCGUUGGAGAAGGGGAAGGAGAAGGCGGCGGCCGAGGCGCUGAAGCGGACGGCUAGCGCCAUGGCCGGGGAUGCGGCGCGCGAGGUGGCGGUGAAGGCGGCGGAGUUCGCGGUGGCCGAUGCGGCGAAGAUGGUGGCCGAGGAGGCCGUGCAGUUGGCCGUGGGGGAGACGGCGAAAAAGGCGGCGCGGGCGGGACUGAAUUCCGCUGCGGAGAUCGCCGCCGCCAAAGCGGCCGAGAAGACCCUGGCGGAAGCGGGCAGUCGCGCGGCGAUGGAGGCUGCCAAGACCGCCACGAAGGAAGCGGCUGCCAAAGCCGCGGAGGCGGCCGCCGCCCAGCAGGCCGCCAGUGCCGCCGUGAAGAACGCCGCGGAGAUGGCGGCGCAGCAGGCCACCAACAACGUGGUGAAGGUGAUGGCGCGGGUGUCGGGUGGGUUGACCAUCGGGCUGGGCACGCUGUUCGUGGCGUGGGACGCCUACUGCAUGUACCGCGACUGCCAGAAGGAGAGUCUGGGCCAUGCGUUGCGCCGGCUGGCCGAUAAUCUGGAGAGUCGCGGGGGAUGAGGAAUUAGUUGUGGUUAAACGGAUCUGUGAUUGGUUGAAUGCUGCGGUGAUGUUUUUUCUAUGGGUUGUGGGCUGUUUUUUUGAUUGCUUGGUUGUGCCAAUAGUUUGGUUUAGGGCAGGUGUCGCUGAGCUGUGUAAAUGAAUAAAAUCCGGUUUUCUUAUCCUUUUUUAGUGUGUUUUACGGUGGCGGGGUUGGAAAAACACAGAAAUUUGGACGAAAUG